AGAUUAUUCCACAAAUACAAUAGUAGGUGAAAUUGGCUGGCUGAGCGUCUAAUCUUAAAUUUUCCAGCCUCAGAUCCUCUGUCUUUGGGUAUGCUGGGAUAAAAUCAAUAGCAACUGAAUUCAUUAUCCUUACCAUUCCUAACAGUUUAACUCUGUGAAACUUGGGAGUUCCCAAUUUAAAACUGUUCCUUGUUCCAAAAAGUCACAGAAAUGAAUCAUAGAACCAUAGCCAGAGUAGUUAUUAGAACUGGAUGAAGGGGGCUUUGCCCUUGAGUGUUGACAUGGAGGAGAAUGUUUAGGUCCUUUUGUGGUUGGUGACAAAAUGUCUCCUUGUUGAUCGUGGUAGGGUCUCUUCUCUGGGACCAUGCCACCUUCAGGCAUGACUGUUCAGACACAGAAUUCUCCUCUGCUCCUUUGUGAUCCAUCACCUCCCCAUAUGAGUUUGCCCCAUGUGCCAGUCCACCUAGUUAUAGAUCUUAAUUAGAACAGAAAAGAACCUUAGCGAUGAUUACUUAAUAUAGGAGGAAACAAACCCAGAGGACCCAAGGGUCUCCUUCAAGGUCACAUUGCUGCAUAGUAGUAGUAGACUCACUAACCCAGCUGUCUACACUAUUAGUUCUGUGCUCCUCCUCCUCCGCCAUGUGUGUCUACUGUUUAUCAGAGCCAAUGUCUCAGUUGCAUGGCAUUUGAGCUAAGGGGGUAAUGUGAUAGUGAGAAGGGUGAGUAAGGAUGGUCUGGGAGCCAGGCACUGAGAUUUUCAAAGUCCCAUCCAGAGUCCAGGGUUCCUUUUCCCUUUUUCAGCACCAGAUCCAGUCCACUCUAAGGAACAUUCAGCACCUACCAUAUUGAAGACACUAUACUUUGGAUUGAAGACACAAAGACAAAAUGAAAAGCUAGCCUUACCCUCUAUGUGUUGACCUAAAAGGAAAGGGUAUCUGCAGAUUAUCAACCCAGGAAGCACUGAUAUCCUAGCUGACAAUCAACAAAUGGCAUAGCUUCAUUGCUGCUUUCUAAGGGGACUGAUACAAAGCUUGGAAGAACCAUCCCGUGACAAGAUGGGCAUGGUAGUGGUUAGCGAUGCCUCUGGUGUCAAGGCUCCAGAUGGUGGAUGGGGCUGGGCCAUCCUCUUUGGCUGUUUCGUCAUCACGGGCUUCUCUUAUGCCUUCCCCAAAGCGGUCAGCGUCUUCUUUAAGGAGCUCAUCCGGGAGUUUGGCAUUGGCUACAGUGACACGGCUUGGAUCUCCUCUAUCCUGCUGGCCAUGCUCUAUGGGACAGGUCCAUUGUGCAGUAUAUGUGUGAAUCGAUUUGGCUGCCGACCUGUCAUGUUGGUGGGCGGCCUCUUUGCCUCGAUCGGGAUGGUGGCUGCCUCCUUCUGCACCAAUAUUAUUCAGCUCUACUUCACAGCUGGAGUCAUCACUGGCCUGGGCUUGGCACUCAACUUCCAGCCCUCCCUCAUCAUGCUCAACUGCUACUUUGACAAGAGGCGCCCGUUAGCCAAUGGUCUCUCAGCCGCAGGUAGCCCUGUGUUCCUCUGUAUACUCUCUCCAUUGGGACAGUUCUUACAGGACUAUUAUGGAUGGCGAGGCGGCUUCCUCAUUCUGGGAGCCUUGCUACUGAACUGCUGUGUCUGUGGGGCCCUGAUGAGGCCUCUGAAGGCUCCCAAGAAGGGUGGAGAAGCUAAGCUACAGUCACAGAAGAAAAAAAAGCUUUUGGACUUGAGUGUUUUCAAGGAUUGUGGUUUUGUCAUCUAUACUCUGGCAGCUUCUAUUAUGGUAUUUGGACUCUUUGUGCCACCUGUUUUUGUGGUAAGCUAUGCCAAAGAUAUGGGAGUACCAGACACAAAGGCUGCCUUCCUGCUGACUGUUCUUGGCUUCAUUGACAUUUUUGCCCGGCCCCUCUGUGGACUUGUGGCUGGAACCAAGUGGGUCAGACCCCGCUGUGUCUACCUCUUCAGUUUUUCCAUGAUCUUCAAUGGUUUGACUGAUCUCCUAGGUGGUUUCCUGGCAGAGUCCUACGCGGGCUUGGCAGUCUUCUGUGUUUUUUUUGGCAUAUCUUAUGGCAUGGUGGGAGCCUUGCAGUUUGAAGUGCUCAUGGCCAUCGUUGGCACCCAAAAGUUCUCUAGUGCCAUUGGCCUUGUACUAUUAAUGGAGGCAAUUGCUGUGUUAAUCGGACCUCCUGGUGCAGGCAAACUCCUGGAUGCGACUCACAUCUACAAGUACGUGUUUAUCCUGGCGGGAGCUGAGGUGGUCACCGCUGCCCUGGUGCUGGCUCUGGGCAACAUCUUCUGUAUUAAGAAAAAACCAGAAGACCCUCAGACCAAAAAGGAGGUCGCGGAGAAGGAGCUCGACAGAUUGGAAGACAGAUCUUCUGAGGAGGCUAGAAUAGACUCAGUAGAAGUGGAAUGCUUCUUGAAAGCAGAACCUGAGAAAAACGGGGAGAUUGUGACCAGCCCAGAGACCUCCGUCUGAAUGGGAACCUGGAUUCUGAGUUAAGGGGAGGGAGAGAGGGUUGAGGGAAAAGGUACAAAGAAUUUCAACACUCUUAUUUAUUUUAGAAAUAGGACUAGCUUGGGGGGGGCCAUCGGCUUGACUCUGGUUGCCUGCUCGGCGGAUCAUCACAUGAUCAUUUUUGGCGGGGGGAGGGAGGGGGGCAGGGAGGGGAGGAGAUGAGUGGGUUGGAAACAUCUCAUUCCAAAUCGGAUCUGUGGUGGAGAAGCCAAGCCGCAUGGUUACAACAUAUUUAUGCCAGGGAACUAGCCUGUGUCGAUCCACUUUAGCAGUUCUGCUACCCAUCACUUGAAGUACCUAGAAACUCACACUUUAAAGAAAAAAUGAUUUUAAUCAGGGUUUGGGGAGGGGAGGUAGGAAAGGGUGGGAACAAGGGGAGGGGUAUAGGAGAUUUUCCCUACAGUUAUCUCUUAAUGAUGCUCAAGUUGUGGCUCUCUUUCAUUUGUGAUGUUAUGCUAAUGUGUAAUUUUCCUCUCAACUUUUUUGGGUUAAGAACAAAGGAUCUCAACACUGGGAUAGUUGAGGUAAAUGUGCACUGGGAUUGAAAGAGUAAGGAACUCAGUCCUUUUCUGGGACGUCCAUCAAAUCUCUUUCAUUUGGGAGACAUAAUGGCAUUACUUGACUCAACCCAAAUAUCCAUUUUUUAAAAAUAGAUUACUUUUGUUAAGGAAAGAGUUAUUUCUACCAAAUGGUUUCAUUUUCUUGUCUACGUGGGUCGCCUUUUAAAGUGGUGUUCUUAAUGUGAAUUGCACAAGUGACAAAAGAGUUCAUUCUGGGCAACGUCUUUGGUAUUAAGAAAAAAUCAGAAGAACUUCAAGAAGAAGAAACCAAAACAGUAUUACCUGGUACAGAGGCUGUGGGCCAGCAUAUAUGCAUAUCUAUGGGAGAGGGGUUAGGUUGAGGACUUCUACUUUCCAGUCAUUCAUUCUAGCACCUUACAGAACUGAAUGGGGCAUUCGUUCAUGGAUGGCCAGCAUACACAGGCUUCCCGAGAGCACCACUUAGGGUACUGGAUUUUUUUUUUUAAUCAGAACAUGUGUUUUUGUUCCCUGUGUCUUAAAAAAAUACAAUCACCGUCUCUGCUGCCUUCCA